AUGAAUGCCCGAAGUUGAGAGUAGGGAAGCCAGAGUCAAUCAGUUCAAGGAAUUAUUGGAUGGUAAAAAGUAUCUAUUGGUCUUGGAUGAUGUUUGGAAUAAGGACUCAACACUAUGGAAUGAGUUUCUUGGGUCUUUGAAGGGAACUAGCCAAGCCAUGGGGAGCUAGAUUCUUGUGACCACUCGUGACCAACAAGUGGCAAACAUCACGAGAAUUUUUUCUUCUCCUUGGUCCUUGAAAGAAUUAUCAAAUCAUCAGUGCUGGCUCAUUCUCAAAGAAAAUGCAUUUGGAGCUGGGGAAGUGCCUAAUAGGCUGCAAGAGAUAGGUUUCAAGAUUACGCUAGAAUGUAGAGGUUUACCAUUAGCCACAAGAGUUCUCGGUGGCAUGUUGCGCAACAAGGGAACAACUGACUGGGAAACUUUAGAGAGUAGGCUUCAAAGUUUAGGUGUAGGUGAAAAUACUAACGUUGAUAAAAUUUUGAAGUUGAGUUUUGAUCAUCUUCCAUAUCCAUCUCUUCAAAAGUGUCUUUCAUAUUGUUCAAUUUUUCCCAAUGAUUUUGAAAAGGAAAGGAAUCAACUGAUCCAACUUUGGGCAGCAGAAGGAUUUCUUCAUUCAAAUCAAAGAAACAAUAUGUGUAUGGAGGAGGUUGGUAACAUGUAUUUUACCAUUUUGUUGGAUAGUAACUUGUUUCAAGAUGCAGAGAAGGAUGAGUAUGGCAAUGUUUUGAAUUGCAAAAUGCAUGAUCUUGUGCAUGAUAUGGUGCAAUCCAUUUCCAGUUCUAAAACUUUAAGGUUGACAGAGUCUGGAAGUGAUGAUAAGGAGACGUUUCCCAUUCAGUAUCUUGCACCAGAGAGAAGUGAAAAAGAAAUGCCAUUUCCUCCCUCUGAAAGGUUCAAGUGUAUUACAACAUUAUUUUUGUUGGAAGACAGAUCACUUAAUGAUAGAAAGAUUUCAUUUUUUAUGUUGCGAGUUUUGAGCUUAAGAUCAUCAAGUGUCAAGGAGCUUCCUAAAUCAAUUGGCAAGACAUUAAGAGUUGGAGAUCGUGAAUCAUUGACAAAGUUUCCAAAUAAUUUCAAGAAUUUGGUGAAUUUGAGGCACUUUGAACUGCAAAAUUGCACAAACUGCAAAGAGUUACCAACUCUUGGAUGCAUGCCCUCUCUUAGAUCUCUUCACUUGGAAGGACUUGAUGGCAUAACAAUCGUAGAGCCUUCUUUUUAUGGAGAAUUAGCCAUGCAUAGUGGCACUAGCAAUCAAAGUUCCCCAAAAUUGUUUCCAAAACUUGGACAUUUCAUUCUAAGAGGCAUGAAAAACUUGAUUGAAUGGAUGGAAGCAAUAGUCCAUGACAGAACCGUGGUGGUAUUUCCUAUCCUUGAUAUGAUAACGAUUGAUAGCUGCCGUCAAUUAGCCACUUUGUCAUUUUCCAUGUCUUAAGAAAUUGAAGAUCAUUGGACCAAGAAUGGAUCAGCAGUACUGGCAUAUAUUUGUAGCGGAGUUAGCAC